CUGUCAGAAGCGAGUCAAGCGAAGCAGGGAAAGGAAGGGGGCGUUAACCACUGCAUUCAUUUACAGUCGGUCUCUCAAAUACCGACACCUAUUUAAUUUCAAAACCUACAUACCAACAAAAAAUAAUACUUUUCGUAUAGAAUCUUGUGAAGGGUUGAAGAGGGAGCCAUGGCGAAGCGGCAGGACACCAAGAAAUUAUUUGAGAAUCUUUCUGGUGCUGGAAAAUCCAUCGGCGUUCUGACAAGCGGAGGAGAUGCUCAAGGUAUGAAUGCUGCUGUACGGGCUGUGGUCCGCAUGGGUAUUUAUGUGGGAGCUAAAGUCUACUUCGUCCAUGAGGGUUACCAGGGUAUGGUAGAUGGUGGGGAUAACAUUGAAGAGGCAUCAUGGGAAAGUGUCUCCAGCAUGCUGCAAGUGGGUGGCACAGUCAUUGGCAGUGCCCGCUGCAAGGAGUUCCGCAGCCACGAGGGGCGUCUGAAGGCUGCCCACCACCUGGUGCAGCGUGACAUCACCAACCUGUGUGUGAUCGGAGGGGACGGCAGCCUCACUGGGGCCAACCUCUUCAGAGAGGAGUGGAGCGGACUACUGGAGGAACUGGUCCAGCAGGGUCUGAUUGAUGAGAAGGCUGCCCAGAACAAUUCAGAGCUGCACAUCGUGGGAAUGGUGGGCUCCAUCGACAACGACUUCUGUGGCACUGACAUGACAAUCGGGACAGACUCUGCCCUGCACAGAAUCAUAGAGGUGGUGGACGCAAUCAUGACUACAGCCCAGAGCCACCAGAGGACGUUUGUGCUGGAGGUCAUGGGAAGACAUUGUGGGUACCUGGCCCUAGUAAGUGCUCUGGCCUGCGGGGCUGACUGGGUGCUGAUCCCUGAGAUGCCCCCUGAGGACGGGUGGGAGGAACAGAUGUGUCAGAAACUGUCUGAGAGCCGAUCCAGGGGUUCAAGGCUGAAUAUAAUCAUAGUUGCUGAAGGAGCCAUUGACAGACAAGGAAAGGCUAUUACUGUUAAUAAUGUCAAGGAUUUGGUUGUUAGCUGUCUGGGCUUUGACACCCGAGUCACCAUCCUGGGUCACGUCCAGAGAGGAGGAACCCCCUCUGCCUUUGACCGGAUCCUGGCCAGUCGUAUGGGAGUGGAGGCGGUCCUGGCCCUGUUGGAGGCGUCAGCCAGCACACCGGCCUGCGUAGUGUCUCUGUGUGGGAACCAGGCUGUCCGUCUGCCCCUCAUGGAGUGUGUUCAGAUGACACAAGACGUCCAGAAAGCCAUGGACGAGAAGAAUUUUGAGGAAGCUGUGAGACUGCGUGGCAGGAGUUUCGAAAACAACCUGAACACCUACAAACUCCUGUCUUACCGGAAAGCAGACUCUGAACUCCCAAAUGAAGAGGAUGAGCUCCCAUAUAAUAGCUCCUUCAACGUGGCGGUGCUGAACGUGGGUGCCCCUGCUGCGGGCAUGAACGCAGCUGUCCGCUCGGCCGUCAGGGUGGGCAUCACCGAGGGGCACAAGAUGUUUGCCGUUAACGACGGCUUCGAGGGAUUCUACAAGGGACAGAUAAAGGAGAUUAAAUGGGGAGAUGUAGGUGGUUGGACUGGACAAGGGGGGUCCAUACUGGGAACAAAGAGAACCCUUCCAGCGAAGCAUCUUGAUAAGAUAGCUGAACAAAUCAGGAUACAUAACAUCAAUGCUUUGCUUGUUAUCGGUGGAUUUGAGGCCUUCCUGGGAGUCAUGGAACUGUCCGCUGCCCGGGAGAAAUAUAAUGAGUUCUGUGUCCCCAUGGUUAUGGUCCCUGCCACGGUCUCCAACAAUAUACCGGGCUCUGACCUCAGCAUUGGCGCAGACACAGCUUUGAAUGCUAUUACUGAUGCGUUUGAGUGUCUGCUGCAGCUCUAUGAGGCCCGGACCAGCCAUGAGGACUUUUGCAUCCCGAUGUGUGUGCUGCCUGCCACCAUUAGUAACAAUGUGCCUGGUACUGAUCUGAGUAUCGGAGCAGACACUUCCCUCAAUGCCAUCGUGGAGACAUGUGACCGCAUCAAGCAGUCUGCCAGUGGGACCAAGCGGCGUGUGUUCAUCAUUGAGACCAUGGGGGGGUACUGUGGGUACCUGGCCAGUGUCGGGGGGCUGGCUGCGGGGGCUGACGCUGUCUACAUCUAUGAAGAACCUUUCGACAUCAGAGACCUCCAGUCCAACGUCGAGCAUUUGACAGAGAAGAUGAAGACGGGCAUCCAGAGGGGCUUGGUGCUGAGGAAUGAGAACUCCAAUGAGAACUUCACCACAGAUUUCAUCUACCAGCUGUACUCUGAGGAGGGGAAAGGAGUGUUCGACUGCAGGAAGAAUGUCCUUGGGCAUAUGCAGCAGGGAGGUGCUCCUUCCCCAUUCGACAGGAACUUUGGAACAAAGAUUGCAGCCAAAGCGAUUCAAUGGAUUUCAAGAAAGCUCAAGGAGUCAUAUAAAGAAGGGAAGGUGUUUGCUAACACAGAGGACACUGCCUGUUUGCUGGGGAUGCGUCGCAGAGCCAUGGUCUUCCAACCAGUGGUGCAGCUCAAAGACCAAACAGACUUUGUCCACAGGAUCCCUAAGGAACAGUGGUGGUUGAAGCUCCGCCCCCUGAUGAAGAUCCUGGCUAAAUACAAGACCAGCUACGACGUGUCUGACUCUGGCCAGCUGGAGCAUGUGACCCGGGUCAGGCCCAAGAAGGUGGACUGAACUGACCAGCACCUAGUCUGGGUAGGCUAGACCAGCACAUAGUCUGGUCUUUAGAUUGGAUCAGCUCAGAGCAGACCGGCCCUUUCAGUGUAACUUAGCUCCAAUCAUGGUAACUCUUACCAACACUUUCACUCCGUCCCAUACUCAUAGCUACUUAGGGCUCAAUUGCCCACCCUUCUUCUGAAGUAUGCACUUGUACACUUUCUCAUAUGGAUUUUACACUGGUAGAAACUGCUUCCAGCCAAUGCUUACUCCAAUCCUAUGCUUUUAAAUUCAUGAUGGGCAGUGUGCAAGUGCACACUUUUGGAAAAGGGUGGAGAACCAGGAUGUAGCCCUAGUCUACUCCCAUAGGUGCUUCUUUCCUCUCAGUCUUCUUCUGAAGGGAGAGCUGUUUAUCCCGCCACCUACUGUAGGUCUACUCCAUUGUUACGUUGUGUUGUCAACUCUGUACUUGCACUUUGUAUCAAUCCUGGGUUGGCAUCUAAGAGUAGGUCAUGUUAGUUCCGCUGCUGUAUUUUGUGGCUUAGUUGAGGAUCUGUUUGUGAAACCCAUUUGAGUGUUUUCUCCAAGUAUUAAAGAAUAUUUAUUGUGAUGACAA